GGUUAAAAAGUAAGAGAAUGACUGGAAGUUGGACUGGGUCAGAAGUGAACCUGUAAAACUGUACUUUGUCCCCACCGGUGUUAAAAAGGUAGUGGAAGAAGAAGAAGAAUGAGAAGAAGAAGAAGAAGAAAGAAAGAAGAGAGGUCCAUAUUCAAAGCAAGGAAAAGGACAACCUACAUUGUGCUACACGCACACGUUUCGAAUAGCCAUUAGUCCAAUCACCAACAAAAAUCUGACCCUCCACGUGGACCAAAUCAAGACCACCAAUCCUCUCCGUCCAUUAUUAAUUCCUUCCAAGUGUUCCAACUGUACGACCCUUCAUUUACAUAAUUACAUUGGCUUUGGCUCAUCCUCGACCUCGAGCUGCCAUGCUAUAGUCGAGUCGGAGUCGGACCUACCUCCCCCGAGCAUGGUGUGUGAAUUGAAAGAGAGGGGCCACCACUCACGAGAAUCACCCGUGGCCCAGACAUUUUCCUAUGAAAGAAAAAGUGUGCUGAAUUUGUACUAUGUUCAUGUUUUAAUUGGUUGUUUCUCGUUUUUUCCGAAAUGUUUUAUUAUAAUUUUGUUUUAUUAUAAAUUUUAAUUGGGUUUUCGUCGUCGUCAUCUCCUCCAUGAGUGUGAGCCAAAAUAAAAUAUAUAUAAAAAAAAAUUAAAAAGCUGGGGCCAUAUACCGAACUUGAAGGAAAAAAAUAAAAAUGUAGUAGAUACCUGUGGUCCUCAGUCAUCACUUACUCUCACUUUCUUUCUUUUUCCUACUUUAUAUUCUUCUCUCACCUACGGUUCCACCACAUCCCAACUCAUGAAAAUCUCUAUUUUUUAAAAAAUAAAUAAAUUUCCACUGUGCUUAUUUAUUUAGUGUUCUGUUCUGUUAGCCUUGACUUUUGUUGGGUCUUUAAUGGAAUUGGGUAAAAUUGAGAGGAACAAGAGGAUGACGGUGAGUGGGAAAGAGAAGAUGGUGGUGAAGAGAGAGGAUGAAGAUGAAGAUGAGAGUUCUGAGCAAGAGGAUAAGAGAAAGAAAGGGCUUUUGGUUUUGGGUGUUGGUGUUGGUUCUGGGAAAAAAGGCUCGAGUGGUGCUGGAAUGAGGUGUUGUCAGGCUGAGAAGUGUUCGGCUGAUUUGAGUGAUGCUAAACAGUACCAUAGAAGGCAUAAGGUCUGUGAGAUUCAUGCUAAGGCUCAAGUUGUGCUUGUCAGCGGUAUUAGGCAAAGGUUUUGCCAGCAAUGUAGCAGAUUUCAUGAGCUGUCAGAAUUUGAUGAAACGAGACGAAGUUGUCGCAGGCGCUUGGCUGGACACAAUGAGCGGCGAAGAAAGAGCUCAGGUGAGUCUCAUCAAGAAAGCUCAAGCAGGAAAGGUACAGCCACUCAGCUGAAAGAUAUGGUUUGUGGACAGAUUGAUGAGAGGGGAAGAAUUCAGAUAUCAGUCCAAGAAAACAACAGUUACAAGCAUUUCCAAAUCAGGUAGUGAUGAGAUGACUAUUGAUUAACAUCAAUAUCAUCUAAUCUCAUUAUCUGAUCUCAAAACAUGCUCUCUCUCUUCUGUCAUCCUACAGAUGUAAUGGCAUAUAUAUUUUCCUAUUCAAAAUUCUGAACUUGGUCAGCCAUUGAACCACAAUGGUCAUAGGUAUUAAUUAUCUUGUUCAGGUGGUCUAUCCAUUUAGUUAUAGAGUAUAAAAUUCAGUUCUCUUACUUGAUAUUAGAGAAUGAGGUGGUUGCAUAGCUCGAAUAAGGUGAAAAUCUUGUUAGAAUCAGUAAGUAUAAUGUAGUAGUACCUUGUUAUGUUUUAUUCUAAUAUUAAUUUAUCAGGUUGGAUUGAUGUUGAAGUCAUAUG